AGGUUUGCCGAACCAACUCCCCAAAGGGGACUUUACAACAAGAAGAAGAAUACAAAAAGUCCUUUUUGCCCUUUCCUUCUCUCUCUCUCUCUCUCUCUCUCUCUCUCAAUUUUCCUCUUCGUAAUGGCGAGUUCUUCAAGAACGAAAUCUAGUGGACCAGUGCUUCGUUCUUCUUCUUCUUCUUCUUCUUCUCUCUCACAUUCUAACAGCUUCUGUUCGUACUCAACAUCAAACGCACCGUUUAACUCACCUUCGUCGAGUUUCUUCAGAAAACCUCACUCGCACGUGCCUCCCCGCUCCACUUCCCCGACACGUGUGAACCUAUUCAGCGCCGCGCCGCUUCCCUCGCACUCGGUCCGGUUCGCUCUCGACCGGUCCAUCUCCCCGAACCGGACCGUCUCGAGCCACGUCAUCGCGAAGCACCGCCACGUCACGGCUCAGAAGAAAUCGUGCAUGUGUUCCCCUACGACGCAUCCCGGUUCGUUCCGAUGCAGCCUCCACAAAAACAGCCACAGCGCGCAAACCGGUUCGUUUCCGUCGAACCGGCUCAACAUGCGCCGGUCCGCAAUGAAGAACUCGCUCGUGAGAAUCGGUGGCGUCGAAGGCGAGUGGGUGAAACGUGCUCUCACCGCGCUGAUUCGUCCUUCAUCGCAUCAACAGCGGAGAAGAACGGCGUUUGAACCGCGACAGAGUCGUCUUUCAAUCAUGUCAAAAGCUGAUGAUGAAGAAGAAGAAAAAUAAGAUCUAUGAAUUAUUAUUAUUUGUUUCUCUCUCACAGGUUGUUUUUGAAUCGCCGGAAUAUUCGGAUCUCCGCCGCCGGUGACGGAUUCUCUCCGAUUGCGUCGCCGGAGAAUUUGGAAGAUUUUGUUGGCGUAGACCUAAGAGGCUGGACCCUGGACUCGGAGAAUUCUUUUUGUACAUAACAUUUGCUAUGGAAGGAAAAUUUUUUGGACAAUUUUAGUUUUUAAUUAAAAUUCAAUUAAAAAAAAAUAAAACCCUAGAAAAUUAAAGUAUAAUCUUUAUUCACAAUUUGAUUUUGUGAAAUUUUUAUCUUCAGAAUUCGAGUUAGCGAGUAUGCAUUCAUGAGUUUGUUUUUCUUGCCGUUAGCGUUCCGUCAUUCGUUCGUCACGUUGUGUGGUGGUUUUGUCGCCGCCGUUGAACCUCCGUUAUCUUUCGUUCAUUGCUUUGCGUUUGGUGCAAGAUGUUUGGUGCCGGAGCUAUCCUAGAUGGACGGAUUUCGUCUUUAAAAUAAGGAAGGUGGAAUUGACGUCUUUAAAAUAUUUUAAGAAAAAAGUGGAAAUAAAGAAGAAAUAGAUAAAAUAAAAUAUAGUUUAAAUACUCAUUUAAUCCUAUUAUAUCUUUAAAUUUAUGUCUUAUAGUUGACCAGUAGAUAUUUUAGUUAUUGA